CCUGAGCGGUCUACUUUAAUUUAAGACUACCCGAUGUGGGCUUUAUUUGAAAGGCUCAAAAACAAACAAGCAGCCAAGCACGAGACACAACAAAUCGAGCGAGAUUGCAAAAGUGCAAAAAACGGUUUAAGCCCUCCUACUCUCUUAAACCCUCUCUAAUUCCAUUAGAGUUAAAACCUCUGGUUUAGUUUAAUUUAGCGAGUUGAAUUGAACACAAAAGAGAGAUGCAGGGUAUUGUAAGAAAACUAACCAAAACAUUUUCACACAGACAGCAUUUGCAGGUUCUAGGUUUUCGUUCUUAUUCCAAUCAUAAGGUUUCUGUUGAUGUUGGACAACCAACCCCUGCAUCUCACCCGCAGCUUCUAAAAGAUGGGGAGAUCACACCAGGCAUAUCUAGCGAGGAAUACAUCUUAAGAAGAGAAAAAUUGUUGGAGCUUCUCCCAGAGAAGAGUUUGGCUAUCAUUGCUGCUGCCCCAGUAAAGAUGAUGACAGAUGUUGUGCCUUAUACAUUUCGACAAGAUGCCGAUUACUCAUAUAUUACAGGCUGCCAACAGCCUGGUGGUGUGGCCAUUUUAGGGCAUGACAUUGGUUUAUGUAUGUUCAUGCCAGAAGCCAAACCUUAUGAUGUGAUUUGGCAAGGGCAUGUAGCAGGAGUCGAUGCAGCAUUGAAUACAUUCAAGGCCAACGAGGCGUAUCCAAUGAGAAAGUUGAACGAGAUUCUUCCAGAUAUGAUAAGGGGUUCCCCGAAAUUGUAUCACAAUGUUCAGACUGCUACAUCAGCAUAUACGGAACUGGAGGCCUUCAAGAAACUAGCUUACUGUAACAAUGUAAAGGAUCUAUCUGUUUAUACCCAUCAGCUGCGAUGGAUAAAAUCUCCUUCAGAGCUCAAGCUGAUGAAGGAAUCUGCAUCAAUUGCUUGUCAGGCUCUUUUGUCAACAAUGAUGCAUUCAAAAACAUACCCUUUUGAAGGUAUGCUAGCUGCAAAGGUCGAAUACGAAUGCAAAAUGAGAGGUGCGCAGCGAAUGGGAUUCAAUCCCGUGGUUGGUGGUGGGCCUAAUGGAAGUGUUAUACAUUAUUCUAGGAACGAUCAGAAGAUUCAAGAUGGAGAUCUUGUUUUGAUGGACAUUGGAUGUGAGUUACAUGGGUAUCUCAGCGAUCUCACGCGUACCUGGCCACCUUGUGGUAGCUUCUCUUCUGCCCAGGAAGAGCUUUAUGAGCUUAUACUAGAAACUAACAAGCAUUGUGUGGAACUUUGUAAGCCUGGUGCUAGUAUCCGACAAAUACACAACCAUUCGGUUGAAAUGCUGCAGAAAGGACUCAAGGAGGUUGGAAUUUUGAAAGAUGUUGGAAGCAGUUCCUACCAUAAGCUGAACCCAACUUCUAUAGGUCACUAUCUAGGAAUGGAUAUUCAUGAUUGUUCAGCGAUUAGCUUUGACUGUCCUCUGAAGCCAGGUGUUGUAAUAACUAUUGAACCAGGAGUGUACAUCCCAUCUUCUUUUAAUUGUCCAGAGAGGUACCAAGGCAUUGGGAUCAGGAUUGAGGAUGAGAUUCUCAUUACAGAAACAGGUUAUGAGGUCCUAACAGCAUCAAUUCCUAAAGAAGUGAAGCAAAUUCAGUCCUUACUAAACAACUUCAGCCAUGGAAUAGGGGUGGAUAGCCAGAAUAACCUGAGAGCUACAUCCAGCUGAUACUGUCCAUGUGCAUUAAAGAACCGGGGACAGUGAAUAUGUGCAUUGCAUUGUCAAAACUGUUGGUAAAUUAUUUCCAUCCCUUAUUUUUUGCCUCCUUCAUUUGAGCAACAUUCCAACUUGUAUUCUACAAUCUUGGUCGGAAGGGGGGACAAAAGAAUAAGAGAGAAAGGUGGGGCAAGGUUUCAUUGCUUAUUUUAGGUUCUUCUCUUUUUGUGAACUGAUAAAGUAGUAGGUUUCUUGCACCUAAUUGCUGCGUAAUCCCUGCCUGGUUUUAUUGGUGUAGAUUAUUGAUGAUCUGAUAAAAUGGCCAGCUCCAUAUGAUUUUUUCACAGCAGUUGGAAAUUGUACUGUAAUCUUUUACACUGGCUUUACGACAAAGGAAAGAGUUUAAUUUCUAUAUAUUUUCACUGUAAAAUUUUAGUCAUUUUAUAAUAUAUCCUUGUUGAAUGAGUUCUAAAAA